ACCCUCAGGGUCCCUUCCACCUCUACAGUUCUAUGAUUCUAUGAUGUCACUGAGAACUCUUUGCCCUGGCCAAUGAGAAGGCCAGGGAGGUGGACUGUUGGAAAAAGAACUUUGGGAAGUCUCUCUCCAGGGGCCAGGUGGCAAGUCUGGGAAGGAGAAGAAGUUGGGGAAAGUGGGUGACAGCUACCUCCAUGAUCUGCAGGCAGGCGGUCAGCAUGGUGAAGCUGCUGGGGAGGACCGCCAUGGCCAGGGUGCUGGGUGGGAACCCAGGAUUUAAUAGCCACGGGCUGCCCACGCAGCAACAAAGGAGCUUGUCUCUGCAUGAGUACCUGUGCAUGAAGCUCUUGAAAGACGCUGGCAUUUCCGUUCCCUACGGACUGGUUGCGAAGACACCAGAAGAAGCCUACCAGGUGGCAAGAGACAUAGGCACCACGGACCUGGUGGUUAAGGCGCAGGUUUUGACAGGAGGGCGGGAGAAGGGGACCUUUGAGGGCGGCCUGAAAGGAGGAGUGAGGAUCGUCUAUUCUCCGGAAGAAGCCCGGGAGAUCGCCUCCCUGAUGAUUGGCAAGAAGAUCUUCACCAAGCAGACGGGAGAAGAGGGCCGGAUCUGCAACCAAGUCCUCAUCUGCGAGCGCAGGUACCUCCGGAGGGAACACUACUUUGCGAUCAUGAUGGAGAGGUCCUUCCAAGGCCCCGUGAUCAUCGCCAGCUCCCAGGGGGGCGUCGCCAUCGAAGACAUCGCGGCGGGGAAACCUGAGACCAUCAUCAAGGAGCCCGUCGACAUUGUCGAAGGCCUUCGGAACGACCAGGCCCUGAAGCUCGCCCAGAAGAUGGGUUUCCCUUCUAACCUGACGUACGACGCUGCGGACAAUAUGAUGAAGCUCUACGACUUCUUCAUUCAGCACGACGCCCUCAUGGUGGAGAUCAACCCCAUGGUGGAGGACUCGACGGGGAAAGUGAUGUGCAUGGAUGCCAAGAUCAUUUUCGACAGCAACUCGGCGUUUCGCCAGAAGAAGAUCUUUGACCUGCAGGACUGGAGUCAGGUGACGGAGGAAGACAGAGAUGCCGCCCACGCAGAGCUCAACUACAUCGGCUUAGACGGGAACAUCGGGUGCCUGGUGAACGGCGCCGGCUUGGCAAUGGCUACCAUGGACAUCAUCAAGCUCAACGGAGGAACCCCGGCCAACUACCUCAACGUCGGAGGCGGCGCCACCGUGGAGCAAGUGACGGAGGCCUUCAAGCUCAUCACGUCCAACGCAAACGUGCAGGCCAUCCUGGUCAACAUUUUUGGGGGGCUCAUGAGGUGUGACGUCAUCGCGCACGGCAUCAUCAUGUCGGUCAAAGACCUGGAUCUCAAAGUACCGAUCGUCAUGCGGUUGCAAGGCACGCGGGUCGAAGACGCGAAGGUUUUGAUUGCUGAGAGUGGCCUGAGGAUCUUGCCCUGCGACGAUCUGGAUAAAGCCGCCAAAAUGGCCGUGAAGCUCUCGGCAAUAAUGAACCUGGCAAGGGAAGCAGAAGUGGAUGUUAUGUUCCAGUUGCCACCCUGACGGAGCAGAUUUUUCUGGCUUAUUUCUGCAAAAGACACAUAAACCCCCUCGUGGUCUCAGUUUUCCACAAUAAUCUCCCCCAACCCUGUUUUGUGUGCAUGUCUGAGUUGUUUAAUAAGCACAUAUGGAUCGGAUCUUUAACUUACAGUUGCUAAUAUAAUAAUUUUCAUGUAAAUUAUUAUAUUGCCAAAAUUUAUUCUUCAUGGCAGGCUCCCCCACCGCCCAGUUUACAGUCGCAAAAAUGAUGUAAUCCUCAACAAGCGUAAAAGAGCUUAAAUCUGAAAAUACAUUUCAUCCAAAUAAAAGUCUACAAUCCAUUGGAUUUUUGGAAUUGUCUCCCUGAUUAUUGGACAUGUAUGACAGCAAUAUCCGUACUUUCAUAUGUGAGCAACACUUUUUCUGCCCUAAUGAAGAACGGAUGAA